AUGCCUUGCAUUGCACCACGCCAUACAGUUAACCUUCUGGGCAACCUGCCCCUGAAAUGUCUGGAUGUCCUCCUCACCCCGAAAGUCCGGCCGGGCUCGCUGGAGUACAUGGGUGUCAACAUGGACGCAGUCAGCAUCCUGCUGGACUUCCUGGAGCGGCGCCUGGACAGGGGCCACAAGCUGAAGGAGAGUCUGACGCCGGUGCUGAACCUGCUGACGGAGAGCGCCCGAGUCCACCGCCAGACCAGGAAGUUCCUGAAGGCCAAGGUGCUGCCUCCGCUGCGGGACGUGAGGACCCGCCCGGAGGUGGGGAACUCUCUGCGGAACAAGCUGGUGCGUUUGAUGACCCACAUCGACACCGACGUGAAGCACUGCGCCGCAGAGUUCCUCUUCGUGCUCUGCAAGGAGAGCGUGUCACGGUUUGUGAAGUACACGGGCUACGGGAACGCCGCUGGGCUCCUGGCAGCACGAGGCCUCAUGGCUGGUGGUCGGGAAGAGGGAGAGUACUCGGAAGAUGAAGACACAGACACUGAGGAGUACAAAGAGGCGAAGGCCAACAUUAACCCUGUGACGGGGCGUGUCGAGGAGAAACUGCCCAACCCCAUGGAAGGGAUGACUGAAGAGCAGAAGGAGUACGAAGCCAUGAAGUUAGUCAACAUGUUUGACAAGUUGUCCAGGGAGCAGGUCAUCCAGCCCAUGGGCAUCACGCCGAGCGGCAGCCUGGCCCCCAUGGAGAACGCCAUCCGCGAGGCGGCCGACGAGAGGUCGUCCUCCGACUCGGACCUGGGGCUGGACUGAUGGAGGCCUGGCCCCAGCCUCAGACAGCUGGGGAGCCCCUCCGUGCCACCCCCUGGAACCAGGGCUGUGCCCAGAGGCCGGUGCUGGGCCAGGGCUCUCCCCGGGGGACCUGGAUCCAGCCCGACCCCUCACAGCAAAUUCACAACAAGGAACCGCUCCCACCUCCUUCCCAGCUCCAUGACCACCGCUCCUCCCCGAGGGUCUUCAUGGCCCAGCAUGGUCCCUCCUCUCAGCAGCCUUGAGGAUUUCAUGCUCCAAAUCGCUUCCAGGACUUUCCAGUAGGACCUUUUUUUUUUAAAAAAAAACAAAACAAAACCACCAAAAAACGUGAUGUUUGGGCAAAAAGGGUGGGGGGAGGAUCUGUCUGUCACCAUUGGGGCUCAGCAUCCUGCAGAGCGUCUCGUGUUUGUGCCGACGGUUGUGUGGCCACUUGCUGUGUGCGUGGCUACAUGUGGCCAUGCGUGGCUAUACGUGGCCAUCCCUGCGUGGGGGGAGCUGCCCCCGCGGCUCUUCAGGCAGUUUUUGGGGAGCAGAGUCUGUGGGGGGCCUUGGUGCAGCCGCUUCCUCAGCAGGGAGCUGAGCGUGUGUUUGCUGCGUGUGGCUGUGUGUGAUGGUGCCCGUGCACACCCGGGGGUGUUGGUGAGUGCAGAGCGGUGUGUGCACCUCACGGGGGGGGCGAGGGAAGCCCCCUGUGAGGCUGCCAGCCCCCCCGUUGGCCGCAGUGACUGCCAGGAGCGCUCUGGGACUCGGGCUCUGGCACCACACGAUGCCCCCGGCACCACGGGGUUGAGUUCUUGGCAUCGGCCUUUCCCCAUCUUGCGCUUUCCAAACAAAAGGCCAAAGUCUGGGCUCUUCCUGCUGCCUCCGUGGCCACCUCGGCUUCCCCAGGGGCCUGCUGCUGGCCACCACCAGGGGCUGGGCCUGUCCUUCCCUGCCGCUUACAUUUGUUGUCUUUUUUUUUUCCUGUUUUUUUCUUUUUAAAGAGAAUUGUUUUAAAGAAAAUAUUCCAGUUUGUCUCAUGUACCAGCGCUCCAAAACUCACUAUCACAAGUAGGAAUGCAGAAGUGAUGCUAGAAUAAAGAAAACCUGACAAAUGGG